AGUCUUAGGAAAAAAAUCAAGGCAUUGGAAGAUGAAGCUCUUACAAAAAUAUGUGAGACUUGAGAAAAUAACGUAGUGCCAACAUCAUCAACCUAGAAACGAAUCAGAGGCGCUGUCGCGAAGCUAAAACAACCGUCCUACGACAUCCCAAAAUCGUGGAUUUGACCACUCUAGCACCUCCUAAGAACCUCUCCAAACCACGAGCACUGAAAUGAUCAAAAGGACUCGAGCAACAAGAUAGAAGCUUCCCUCAUUCAAGAAAGAGUCGAACCACUUUCCAAGUCCAACCACGCCCUUAACUCCCCUGAAACAGACAAUCAAAAGGUGUAAACCAAAGAUCCCCCAAAAAUAGGAAACAAUUAAAAAAUACUGUAAGAAGAUUAAGCUAGAUAUGGGGAGAAAAAACCCUAGUUUAAUCAGACAAGAGGCCAAACAUUGCCCAUGCAAAGAGCCAAAACAGCUUGGGAAACCCUAGAGUCGGCAAGUGUCGAGAGAGGGAGAAUUUUUUUUUAUGCUUAGGAUGUUAAGAUACUGUAUAGGUACAGAUUAUAUUCCGCAUCCUUAUAAUGAAAAGUAAAUCAAACCUCUUCAUUAAACAUAGAUGCCAAAUAUGUUUUUCUAAAGAAGAAGAACCUUAAUUGCCAUUUUUGCCAGUUUCUUUUUUUUUUUCACAUCAGAAAAAAUAAAAAAAGGAUCAUUUUCCUAUAAUUUUGUACUCCAUAUGACAUGAAAACAUAAAUCAUUUUUCAAAUAAAAAAUAGCCAAUUAAUUCAUCUCCUCUCUUAAAAAAUUAUAAUGAAAAUAAAUUAUUAAAAGAAGCCUGAGCUCAGCUCUGCUGCUGACUACACAAAACAAACAUGCGAAGAAUGAAUGAGCAAACAGAACAGUAGACUAGAUUGAGAUUCUCAAAAUCUGACUCUUCACUUCACUCAUCCCCGAAAAAGGCACGAAUUUUUAUAGUAAAAGAGGCAACGUGUUGAUGGGUUCGGUGGGGGAAAAGAGAAUCGAGGACGACCUUUCCUAUCCGAUAUUGCUUGCAGAACGAGUUCGCUCCGCCGCCGACGAGGCCGAGUCCUUUAAAGCCGACUGCUGGGAGGUUGGGAAGCAAGUGGAUCGGCUUUCCCAAAUGCUUCGAACCCUUGUCCGCUUCACCACCUCGGUUCAAUCCCUCUAUGAACGCCCGAUUCGCCGGGUAAUCGCCGAGGUUUCCAAAAACCUAGAGCGGGCCCUCACUUUAGUCCGGAAGUGUAAGCGCCAUAGCAUCUUGAGCCUUGUGGUGAGAAUCACCAGCGCCGCUGAUUUCCGCAAAGUGCUGAACCUUCUGGACGCUUCCGUCGGCGACAUGAAGUGGCUCAUGGGAGUCCUUGACGCCGAAAACAACGGCUCUGCUAGCGGAACCUUCCUUUCCCUCCCUCCAAUCGCUAGCAACGACCCCAUUAUCUCCUGGGUUUGGUCUUGCAUCGCAACCGUCCAAAUGGGCCAAUUAACCGACCGAAUCGAAGCCGCCAACAACCUCGCUUCCCUCGCUCAAGACAACGACCGAAACAAAAAGAUAGCCGUUGAAGAAGGCGGCGUCCCUCCUUUGCUGAAACUUCUUAAAGAAAGCUCCUCAAUGGAAGCGCAAAUCGCCGCGGCUAAUGCCCUUCUUGUUUUGGCAAACGAACCGGAAAGAGUUCGCAGUAUUGUUGAAGAAAUGGGGGUCCCAAUUGUGGUUCAAGUGUUGCGAGAUUCUCCGAUGAAGGUUCAAAUCCCCGUAGCGAAAUUGAUAGCGAGAAUGGCGGAGUAUGAUCCGGUGGCUCAAGAGGAUUUCGCCAGAGAGAAUGUGAUUAGGCCGUUGGUCACUUUGUUGUCGUUUGAGACAUUCGUGGACGAUUCUGGUACUCGUUUGGGUAAGCAAAGCAUCCAUUCCAUAGUUCAAAUUAAUAAAGAAAUGGAGAAAAAUUCUUGGACUUCAUCGAAUUCAAGGAAUUAUAGUUAUGGACCCUAUGCUAAUUCAUACUCAAAUUUACACGUGGAUGGUAGUACUAGGGGAGGAAACUAUAGGAAAGAAAGGGAAAAUGAGAACCCUGAAGUGAAAAUUCAGUUGAAAAUCAACUGUGCUGAAGCUUUAUGGAUGCUGGCUAAAGGGAGUGCUUCAAAUAGUAGGAGGAUAACAGAGACAAAAGGAUUACUUUGCUUGGCUAAGUUGGUGGAGAAAGAACAAGGUGAGCUACAGUAUAAUUCUUUGAUGACAAUAAUGGAGAUUACAGCGGCUGCUGAAUGGCAUUCUGAUCUUAGACGCGCGGCUUUCAAGAUGAAUUCAUCUGCUGCUAAGGCUGUUAUUGAUCAGCUUUUGAGGGUGAUCAAGGAACUGGAUAGCCCUACAUUGCAAAUUCCGGCAAUCAGAUCAAUUGGUUCUCUGGCGAGAACUUUUCCAGCUCGGGAGACUCGAGUGAUUUGUCCUUUGGUGACACAGCUUGGUAACAACAAUCAAGAAGUGGCAAUGGAAGCUGCCAUUGCAUUGGGAAAAUUUGCUUCUCCAGACAAUUUUCUCAGUAUGGACCAUUGCAAGUCGAUAAUCGAGUUUAAUGGUGUUCCACCUUUGAUGAGAUUGCUUACAUGUGGCGAGAAGACACAACUGCAUGCUGUGGUACUGCUUUGCUACCUUGCCAUUCAUGCCGGUGAUCAUAAAGCUUUGGAACAAGCUAGGGUCUUGACUGCCAUUGAAGGGGCAGAUCGAACAAUGUUUGCACAACAUCCUGAUUUGAAAGACUUGGUGUCCAGGGCCAUUUAUCAACUCAACCUUUACCAUACCCAUACCGGAGUCCAUCCUCAGAGGCAAUUAUAUGCGCCUUAAAUUAUGCACCCAAUAUUUCCGUUUAUGGUUAUUUGUUUUGCUUUUCAGGUAAACCCUAAAUUGGAAGGCAAAGCUAACAGGGCAUACGCAUAAUAGAUUUGGUAAGUUGGAUGAAAAAAGUAUAGGUUCAGCAAUAGACAGGUUUCUGUUUAAGAACUAUACGUUGUUCAAAAUACCUUAGAUGCUUUUAUAUGCCCUUUGAUGGUUCAAUUGUCUGAAUAUUUUCUUUCAUGUUUAUAUGAGCAAAUUGAUUCCUUCAAA